AUGGCAUUCGACUACAAGCAGCGUGAGACGGUCGGCGUCGAGGAUCUUGUGCUCCUCCCGCAAAUCAGCGACAAGGCAAUCGCUGAGAACCUCUCUGCCCGUCAUCGCGAGGAUCUGAUCUACACAAACAUCGGCUCCGUGCUGCUUGUGGUGAACCCUUUCAAGGAGAUUAAAGGCCUCUACAAUGAUGCGCAUAUGCAGUUCUACAGGCACAGCGGCCGGCUGGGCGGCGUGCGCUACGCGCUGUCUGAGGGACAGGAGCCCGGCGACGCCGCUCUUGGCGGACCGCAUAUCUUCGCCUUGGCAGAGAACACGUACCGCAGCAUGGUGUCGGAGGAGGAGAACCAGUGUAUCAUCAUCUCCGGUGAAUCAGGCGCCGGCAAAACAGAAGCAUCGAAGCAGAUCAUGCAAUAUAUCUCCGCCGUCUCUGGCAACACGAAGGACAUGCAGCGGGUGAAGCGCAUCAUUCUCGAGUCCAACCCUCUACUGGAGGCGUUCGGCAAUGCGAAGACGCUGCGCAACGACAACAGCUCACGCUUUGGCAAGUUCCUUGAGAUUUAUUUUGACGGCUGUGGUGGCCCCGUUGGCGGCCACCUCUCGCACUUUUUGCUGGAGAAGUCACGUGUAUCGAGUCAACAGGUGGGGGAGAGUAACUUCCAUAUCUUCUACCAGGUGUGCGCUGGCGCGGCUGCUGAGCUGCACGGGGACGGCAGCGGAUUAGGGUCGUCAAGAGAAGGAGCGGGGAGUGGACGGAAGGUUUCUGCUGCUGCGGGUGGCUACGAUGACAACGAUCACACCGGUAAUGCUACUAUCACCUGGCGCGAGGUGUUUCAAGAGAUGCGCAUGCAAAGGGAAGACAGUAGCAGCAGCGUUGGCCAGUCGAAGGCCUUCGCCUCCUCCUCUCGGUUUUCAUCGCAUUAUCUAUGGAAGUUUCUUCGCCCAUCUUUGGGGUCUGGGCAGCACAGCGAGGAGUUAACGUCUCGCACCGGCAUCAACGACUUGUGCGGCUGGCGUGAGACACUCAGUGCGAUGGAGGCGAUGGGGAUGCCUGCGCAGGAUCAGGUGUCCGUCAUAAGGGUUCUGUGUCUGGUGCUGCACCUCGGGGAGCUUGAGUUUGUGGCGCCGGAGGAGGGCGGGGCUCUGGCGGCGGGGCAGCACCCGUGCAUCGUUUCGAAUCCUGAGGAGCUUGCGUUUGUUGCGGAGAAGCUCGGUGUCGAUACAGCGGCGCUGCUGAAGGCGCUGACGUGGCGGAAGCUGCAGAUGGGCGCGACAGAGGUGGUCUUCUCCCCACUCGAUGUGCAGCAGUGUCGGAGUACUCGCGAUGCCCUGGCGAAAGUACUUUACGAGGGCGUCUUUGAGUUCAUCGUCAGCUCUGUGAACACCGCCUUCGGCGAUGCCCAUCACGCUCUCAUGCUUGGCGUGCUCGAUAUUUAUGGCUUCGAGAUUUUCACAAAGAACGGAUUUGAGCAGUUCUGCAUUAACUACGUGAACGAGAAGCUGCAGCAGAUCUUCAUUGAGCUGACGCUGCGAGUGGAGCAGGAAGAAUACGUACGGGAACACAUACCGUGGGAGACCAUCAAGUACUUUGACAACCAAGUCGUGUGCGACCUGAUUGAGAGCGAGCGUCCGCCAGGCCUGUUCGCGAUCAUGGACGAUGUGUGCGUCACCAUGGCGAAGGAAGAGGAGUCGGUGGCGGACCGCAAGUUGCUGGACAAGCUGGAUAUGGUGUACAGCAGCCACCCGAACUUUUUGCGCAGCGAGCGCGGCUUCAUCAUCAAACACUACGCUGGCGAUGUCGAGUACAACACCGAUGGUUUCGUUGGCCGGAACAAGGAUCGGCUCGGCGCCGACGUGGUUGAGGUGCUGGCGAAGAGUCAGGUUGAUUUCUUACUAGAGAUACUGACGGAGGUGUUGGCGGACGGCUUGGCGGCGGUGUCACCGUCUACCGGGGCCGGUGGAGCUCGUCGUGCCUACACCACAGCCGGCUUCAAGAUUCGCCAGCAGGCUGCGGACCUCGUGCGCACAUUGAAGCAGUGCACUCCCCAUUACGUGCGCACUAUCAAGUCCAACGACGCCAAGCGGGCCGACUUCUUCGACGAGGCGCGGGUGCUGCACCAGGUGAAGUACCUCGGUCUUCUGGAGAACGUGCGGGUGCGUAGGGCGGGCUACAGCUACCGGCAGCACUUUGACAAGUUCCUCAAGCGAUUCAAGUACACGUGCCCGAGCACCUAUCCACGGCCCUUUCGUGGCACCGACAAGGCGGCGUGCGAGGCCAUCCUCGCCUACCUGCAGAACGAACAAGGAGUGCUGCCACUCAACUCCUUUGCAAUUGGCACCAGAAAGGUCUUCAUUCGACAGCCGGAGCAUGUGUUGGCGUUGGAGCAGAGCCGCGAAGCCGCUUUUCACGCCCUGUCGGUGUCUAUUCAACGCGCGUGGCGGCACUACACGCAGUGCAGGCAGCUCCAGCGCCUCAAGACGAAGCUGGACCGCACUUACACGCGGCACUGCAAAGUGCGCCGUGCUGACAGUGUCUUCCGUGCCUACGAAGGUAUCUACGUUGAGACGGACGCCGUGGUGGCCGUGCCGAGCCCGGCCGCAGGUGGCGGCACCAGCGCAGUGCCACGUGCGCUCUCCAACCGACUCACGGUGGCCCUCGACGCCAUCCUGCAGUUUGACCCCAUCGGCAGUGCGUGGCGCUCCUUCUGGACCCAGGGUGAGGCAGGCCAACCCCGCAGGAAGUUCUUCUUGAACGCUCUUACCCACGAGAUGGUUUGGGAGCGACCACGUGAGCUGGACCCUCCGCGCGUUGUCUUCUCUUGCACUGUAGACCGUGUUGUCAACUGGGCCACCGCGGAAACCGCCAAGGAGCUCAUUUUUCUGACAACACACGACGUGCUGUACGUAGUGCGCGAGACACCGAAGCCCUCGCAGUCAGCUGUUACUAGCGAAAAGCACGUCAAGCGUGCGGCCGCCGCGGCAAAGGAGCAGCGUUCCAUUGCCAUGACGCUGACGCCAUGUUUCACUCUCCAGAAACGCAUCGACCUGCGUCUUCUCACACAGGUGGCAGUCACAACGAUGGCCGACACGGUGCUGGUGGUGCGUGUGCUGCCUAUGCAGGCGCCGUACCGCACCGUCAUUGAUACAAUCAAGACGAAGACAGGGCCGUUAAAAUGCGAGGCGUGCAACCGCGUUGCCACAGCGGCGCUGCGCCGCGCUAACUGCCCGAGCUGUGGCCGGCUAUGCUGCGUCCGGCACUGUCUGACUCAUGCGCGUCCACUGCCUACAAUCACUGGGCAGGCGACCCUGGUGCGAGUCUGCCCCGCCUGCGUGGUAGGGGAGCCGCUGGAACCGGUCGAGGACAUGGUGCUGCUGACGAGCUACAAGACGGAACUUGCCGGGACGCUCUGCGCGCGUUACCAGGAAUGCAUGGGCAACCCACUGCCAUUUUUUGUGUCCGACAGCAUUGCAUUCUUCAAGUGGACGCCUGCAGCGCCACCAGCGAAGGUGAAGCACACGCGCCGCGCCACCAAAGUCUCGGCGAGCGGGGGUGGUGAAGGUGGUGAGGAAGCCCAAUCCUUGGUGAUUGGUGGCUCGUACGAGGUGAUGCUGACGUGCACGGUCACGGAUGACCCGCUGACAAACGACACGGUGCUCAUUGGCGCUGCACCACCAGCCCCUCUGACGACUGCUGCCUCGGUGGACGCCCGUACAGGCACAAAGGCCACGAAGAAAAGCAAGGGGGAGUUCGAUGGCGAGACAGCAUACACCGUGCCACCUGGCACACCGCCCGUUCUGAGAGUGGUUGCGCCGCGCGGCAUCACGGGAGAGCAGAUUCGACGUAUGGAAGCCAUCCGCGAAGAGCGUCGAAAAGUUGCGGCGGCGCGCAGGCGUCAAGAGGAAGAAGAAGAGCGCCUGCGCGAAGCGCAGCGGGAGCGCGAGCGUGAGGCUGAACACCAGCGAGUUGUGCAGGAGCGCAAGAAAGCAAAGGCUGCCGAGGCAGCCCGCAUGGAGACUGAGCGUGCUACUCGCGAAAGGGCUGCUGCGGAGCGCCGUGAGGAGGCCGCUCGCCUUGUGGUGGAGCGCGCACGACGAGGAUAG